AUGGCAAACUUCUCGGCCGACCUGCUCGUAAAUGAGGAUGGCUUUGGCCUCUACUACUCGCGAGUAUCCGACACUCUCAAGUCGCUCGAUGACAUCAGCUCUUUCUUCAAAAAGCUCGCCUCGGCCGAGUCUUCCUACUCGAAGGAGCUCGCCAAGCUCUCGAAGACCGUCGAUCAGAAGCUGUGGAAGAGAACCGACAAGGAGAUCGGUACAGUGGAGCACAGCUGGACCACGUUCCACGCCGAGCUCGAGAAGGUGGGCAAGUUUCACGAGCAGCUGGCCAGCAAGGCCGAGGAGCUCGUGCUCACCCUUGACAACUGGGUCAAGGAGAAGGAGAAGACAAAGAUCAAGUUGAACAAGGACGGAGCGAAGCUGACGAAGGACACCCAUGACACCAUGACUUCGCUCAAGCGGGCCAAGGAGAACUACUACAAAUUGCACAAGGCCGCCGAUGACGCCGAAGCCGCCUACCAGAAGAAGAAGGCCGAGCCCGCCGCCAAGCAAAAGGACGUCGACAAGCUGUCCAAGAAGUCGGUCGAGGCCAAGGAGAAGGCGCAGAACGCCGACGUCGCCUACAAGAAGGUCCUCGAGAAGGCCAACGAACACCAGACCAACUUCUACACGACAUACAUGCCCAAGCUGCUCGAGGAAUUCCAAAGCUUUGACGAGGAGCGCACACAGUUCUUCAGGCAGGUCCUGGAGCAGUACAUGACCAUGCUCAGUGCCCUCCCGCCCUCUCUCUCCACCUCCUGCGACGCGCUGAACAAGGUGGUCAGCGAGAUUGACGCCUCAAGCGACGUUGCCACGUUCAUCGCCAACAACAGGGCGUCGGCCGUGACGCCACCGCCGGAGAUUCAGUACGAGCCCUACUCGGGCGAGGGCGGCGUGCCAUCGUCGCUCGGCUCCAGCCCCUCCGCCACGUCCUCCAUCUCGCGCUCCGCUCCGCCAGCCCACAAGCCCACGCCAGCAGGCAGCAUGAUCCACAAGCCUGCGGCCACCAAGCAAUGGGGACUUUCGGCGGCCGACGAGUCUCUGUCGAACGACCAGAAGAAGGCCAAGCUCGAGCAGCAGCUCAAGGAGGUCAACGAGGACAUCGAAUCCGAAAUCAAAUCCAAAAAGGGACUCGACAAGCUCGUCAAGUUCUACGCUGCUGAUCCGGUCGCUCAGAAGAAGGCGGUGCAGGAAGCGACGGACCAGGAGAAGAAGAUCGACGUCCUCAAGGAGGAGAAGGAGAAGAUUGUGAGGCAGCUCGAAGCUGUCGGCGGCAGCGGUGAUGUCGCCCCGUCCGAGGACGCCAGCCCCGAACCGGCCAAUGGAGAUGCCGAGGGGGGUGAAUUCGAGGAGGUGGAGUACGUCGAGGUGAAGGCCCGGGCGCUCUUCGACUACGAGGCCACCAACGAGACCGAACUGAGCUUCAAGGCGGGCGAGAUCCUGACCGUCUCCGAGCAGGACGAGUCGGGCUGGUGGUACGCCGACCUCAACGGAAAGCAGGGCUUCGUGCCCAACAACUACCUGACCGUCGUGGAAGAAGUAGCCAACUGA